AUGAACUUCAAAAUAUAUUUUGGGAUUUGCACGAUCCUUUUAACAAUUUCUUUUGGUUUUUCUUCUGAAUUAAAUGGAAAACCAUUUCAAAGAAUUGAAAUUAAACGGGUAGAGUGCAAAGGAUUGCAAGAUUUUUAUUAUCCCAACAUGACUUGCUACGCAAAGCCUUACAACCGGACAACUUACACGCACACAGUCUACGUAAAAUUUAAAAAACAUUUGGAAGUUUAUUACGUAAAACUCUUGUUUGAAUAUCGCUAUGGUAAUAUUUACAGAGAAAUCGUUAAAUCUCCUAAGUUUAAUUGGUGCUCCAUUGUUGACAAUACAAAUCCGAUCGUAAAAUUUUUCUACAAAACUUUAAGACUUUCAGGCGAAAACUUGGUCACAAAGUGUCCCAUAAAUGAACUUGAUAGUAAAAAUGUUGUAAUUUCCACAGAUGCGUUUCCAGAUAUUUUUCCAAGGGGAUAUUAUCGAGCUACUGUUGAACAUUUGGAUAAGAAUAAUGAAUCGUUUUUGAACAUCACUGCAAUUGUAUCUUUACGUUCUUCAGAUACUACAACUUUUGGAUAA